AUGCUUACUGAAGAUGCAGAAAAAUAUGUAGAUUAUUUUAGAAUUGCACCGGAAAUAUAUGAAGCAUUAUUGACAUUGGUCAGACCGGUCAUUAUUAAGCAGGAUGCUAUUCGUGAACCUAUUUCGCCUGACACUAGGCUCCAAAUUACAUUGCGCUAUUUAGCAUCAGGGGAUAGUAUGAAAUCCCUGUCAUAUGCCUUCAGAGUUGCUCACAACACAAUCUCAAAAAUAAUAUCUGAGACUUGUGAAGCUAUUUGGAAUUGUCUAAAAGAUGUAGUCUUUCUUAAGGACAAUGAAGAGAGUUGGAAAUCUGUAGCUGACGAAUUUCAACAAUUGUGGAACUUUCCAAACUGUAUAGGAGCUAUUGAUGGAAAGCAUGUUCAAAUACAGGCUCCACCAAAUAGCGGAUCAACUUAUUACAACUACAAAGGCCAUCACAGCAUUAAUCUACUCGGAAUCAGCGAUGCAAAAUAUUGCUUUACAAUAGUUGAUAUUGGUGCCGAAGGUAGGCAAAGUGAUGGAGGAGUCUUCCGAAAUAGCGAAAUUGGGAAACGUUUUGAAGCUAAUUUGUUCAAACUACCAAAUCCGAAACAGAUCGAAGUUGGUGGACCAGAAUUACCGUUUGUACUAGUAGCAGAUGAAGCUUUUCCAUUAUCGAUGUACAUGAUGAGACCAUAUCCGCGAAGUGGAAAACUCGAUAUUGGGAAAAAAGUUUUCAAUUAUAGACUUAGUCGCGCAAGAAGAGUUGUGGAGAAUGCUUUCGGUAUAUUAGUAGCUCGAUGGAGAAUAUACCGAAGGCCUAUCAUCGCCAAUAUCAGCAAUGUACGCAAAAUUAUACAAGCAACUGUAACACUGCACAAUUUUAUCAUCAAAAACGAAGAGCAAUUAACUGGAAAAAAAUCAUAUUUACAUCUAACUAUAGAAGAUGCGAGUACAAGUUGUGGAGUUCGCGAUAUAUCACAUUGUGGUGGCCGAAGCAAUAAUAAUGCUAUUAUGGUUAGAGAGGCGUAUUCAACGUAUUUUCAAAAUACCGGUGCAUUAUAUUACCAGUGGGAAAAAGCGUUGCAAAACGAUUUUUAA